AUGGUCUUAACAGACCCACAUUAUAAGGAAGCUCUCUGUCUUCAUCCGUUGGCGCCAUUAAUAGACCCACAUUAUAAUGUAGAGGCAGUACAUUUAGGGGGCUACAACAUCCCAACUAAGUUUAUUAUGUUUGUCAACAUUUGGGGGCUUGCACAUGAUCCUAAAUUGUGGGAUGAGCCUUUUGAGUUUAGGCCUGAACGAUUUGAGGAAUGCCCAGAUUCAAAUGUUUCUGGUAAUGACUUCAGAUUUGUACCAUUUUCUAGCGGGAGGAGAAAGUGCCCUUCAGCUAAUCUGGCAUAUUUGAAGAUUCAACAUGUCAUUGUUGUUCUGGUGCAGGAAGUUGAAUGGUCUCUUCCGCAGGGGUAG